CACUAUCCCUUGUUGGGUUUUAUUUAGCAAUUGGUAUCGGAGUCAAUUAAUUGAAUGAAUGCUAGUGAAUGUUGUGUUUGGCUGAUAUGUGAAAUAUCUAGAAAAUUACUCAGGGCAAAUGUAAAUCGCAUUAAUACGUAAAUAAAAAAGUCUGAUCAAGAAAAUCCAACCGUUGCGGUGUUCAGAGAUUAUCGUUUAAUAAAAACGGGAUAUUUAAUUAGUUCAAAGAAAAUUUUCUAUAUUCGUGUCUGCAGCAAGUAACUGUUAAAACGAAAAUAUUUAUGCAAACCCAAAAAACUCAAGUGUAUCAAUGUUAAAAUAUUAAGCAAUAACAUCAAGUUAAAAAAUUUUUAUUCAAUAAAUUUUAUAAAGAAAAACAAAUAAUUUUAGUAUUAUGGAAGAAAAAUCAAGUUAUCAGACUGAACUGACGCCGGAAGAGAUACGCGCACGAAGAUUACGGACCUUAGCGGCAACAAGUUUAGCUAAAACUAAUUCGACUACCGAGCCAAAACGAGAAGCAGCUGUAGUAGAGACUGUUCGUCCAACAAAUGUUUCACAUACAUCACGUUUACUACGUUGUCCAGUAGAGCCAAAAAACAAUUCACAGCAAAUUGUUAAAACUACAGACACCAAUGAGCUUCCACAGAAGAUGGAUGUUGACACUGAUAUCACAAUACCAAAAAACUUAGAUGUGUUGACACCAAAUCUUAAAUCAGAUUCAGUGAGCUCUGUGCCGUCUCUUUUAUUACAAACGUCGCCAGACGCAAAGACAGAUAAGAAUGCAUAUAUUGAAUGUAUGCAAGUAAAUGAAGAACCUCCACUUGAAGUUAAAACAGAAACAAGAGAAAGUGCAAAUGCACGUUUAGAGAUGAUGAUCUCUAAAAUUCUUAAUGCUACUUGGAAUGAAAAUUGCGUUGGUGUUAUAAUAUGUCCCCAAACUGCCGCCCUUCUUGAAGAUUAUCCAUAUUUACGUUACAAUUUCGAUUUUAUUAUUUCAACAAUUUUAAUGGAAAGCUUGCAAAAGGUAAUUAAAAGCGAUGAUUACGGCGAUGAAAACAGAUCUCAUAUGAGUGAUGAUCGCGCUAAUGGUAGUGACAUUAACGGCUCCACACCGAAAAAAAUUAAAAGUGAUGAUUCUGAAAUACAAGAAAUACUUUCAAAGGCUGCAGCAUCGGUCAAUAGUAAUACAUUUGACACUGAUGCUAAUUUCCCCACUACUUCACGUGGCUUUACUAGUGUUGGAAGCUUUGCUACUGGUUCCAGCGCUGGAAAUGGAAUUGGCUUAUGCCCUACACCGUAUCCAAACCUUUCAACUUCACAAAUAAAAGCAUUAUUGUAUCUAACCAAAGCGUUUAAACAUUAUAGCGAUUCUAAAGAUUUAUAUUCUGCAAAUCAUGGAGAACCAAUAUCUCCAUAUGAUAAACUAACUGAAGAAAUAUUUUCAUUGAUUAUGGACAAUAUAACACACUCUACAAUAUUGGUGCUAUCAGGUUGUUUAUUUACAACAUCGUCUGAUAUAAUCGAUCAAUCAUGUUUCUUAGAAUUUUUAUAUCAAGAACGCUUCCCUGAAGAAUUACUACGAUUGGUAGUAACAGAGUGCUAUCUCAAACAAAAUGCACUUUUUCAGAAAAUUUUUAGCAAAGUAUUGCGAGGAUUAUUUAUUGGAAUGCAACGAAAUAUAUGUACAACCAACAUUUGUACUCAACAAAUUGAAGUUUUAACGAAGUUGGCUACAAUCAAAGUUGGUUCAUCGCGGCCUUUAUGCGAUUUAAUGGUAGCACAACCAAAUUUCUUACCUACUACUUGCUCUGAAAUACCUGGCCGAGAGAUUGUAAAGUGCAGUUAUUUGGGUCCUUUCCUAUCAGUUUCAAUAUUUGCGGAAGAAAAUGUUAAAUUUGCAGAUACGCAUGGUAAAAGUAGUAUUUUAGCCAUUAACUCGACAAAAUUUCGUUGGCAACUGCAACACAUGCGUUUUCUAAUGUAUUCUGUGUUCCAUUCAUUAUUGGUUAAUACAAGUAGUCGUUCUAUAACCAUGGACUAUAUAGCUAGAAUAUUACGUUUUAAUGAGCGUCGUGCACAGUUUGCUUGCGAAGAAAAAAUGUUGGCACGUGAUGGAUAUAUUAUCAAUUUAAUGAACAUCUUGCAACAACUUUCAGUCAAAAUAAAAUUAGAUCGUAUCGAUCCAGUAUUUCCGUUUUAUAAAGAUUCAAUGGUUUCUAUUGAUAACGAUACAAAGCUACGCUUCACAGAGCAGGAGUAUAAGGAAUUUGUUGAAAAAAAAUAUGCCAACUCUGAGCACACCGACAACUUUCAAACGCAAUGUUGGUUUUUAACGUUGCAAGCGCAUCACUUGGGCUUUAUGCCUGCUAUUCAACGCUAUCGUCAAAAGGUGCGUGCAAUAAAAGAACUGCAGAAACUAAUUGAUGAACUUGAUCGCACAAAAUCACACUGGGAAAACACUUCAUAUGCCAAAAGAAAUAAGCAAUUUCGUGAUCGUUGGCUUAAACAACUUAAAAAACUAGCACGUUCAAAACUGUGUAGUGAAGUAUGUUUAUUGGAUUCAAAACUCUUGGGUACGUGCAUGACAUUUUAUUCGACUGUUUGUGAAUAUUUGCUGCACCAAAUGGAAGGAAGAAAGAUUACAGGUUCUUUUGUAUCGGAAACGAACCCGCAACUAUUGAAGCCAAACGAUGAAUUUUGUGCACUGCCUGAAUGGUAUGCUGAUGAUAUUGCUGAGUUUAUAUUAUUUGCUAUGCAGCAUGUCUCGACUGAAAUGCGUCAUUAUAUUGACCAUUCAAUUUUAACAUGGCUGCUUACAACUGUUUGUGCGCAGCAUCUUAUCAAAAAUCCAUAUGUCACUGCCAAACUAAUUGAGGUACUAUUCGUAUUUUCAUUAGGUUCGCCAAACGUACUGUACACAUCGAUGUGGUACCAUGAGCUGUCCCAAACUGUUUUAUGUAGUUCACUUAUGAAGUUUUAUGUUGACAUUGAAACCACUGGACAGAGCACUGAAUUCUACGAUAAAUUUACUAUAAGAUAUCAUAUCAGUCACUUAUUUAAAGCAAUGUGGGAUAAUCCGAUACAUCGUCAAGUUAUGAUAACUGAAUCAAAAUCUGGCAAUCAAUUUGUAAAAUUCAUCAAUAUGCUUAUGAAUGACACAACAUUCCUUUUGGAUGAGUGUCUCGAAAAUCUUAAGCGAAUACAUCAAACUCAAGUUUUAAUGCAAAAUGAAGAAGUUUGGGCAAAAUUAGAACCAGAACGACAACAAAAUCGUCUCUCACAAUUGGCAACUGAUGAACGUCAAUGUCGAUCUUAUUUAACUCUUGGACGUGAAACAGUUGAAAUGUUUCAUUAUUUGACGCAUGAUAUAAAGGAGCCAUUUAUGCGUAAUGAACUUGUUGACCGUUUAAGUUCUAUGCUGAAUUUCAAUCUGCAACAGUUGUGCGGCCCGAAGUGUAAUGAUUUAAAGGUUAGAAAUCCCAUAAAAUAUGGGUGGGAGCCUCGACGUUUGCUUGGACAAAUAUUCGAUAUAUAUAUACAUCUACAUUGUGAUAGAUUUGCUGAAUCAUUAGCCGCAGACGAACGAUCCUUUCAAAAACACUUAUUUGAUGAUGCCGCCAAUCGUAUCGAACGUUUACGAAUACGUUCAGCUGUUGAAGUUGAGAAAUUUCGAACACUUAUUAAUAAGGCACAUGAUAUCUAUGUAGCAAAUCAAAAGGCAGAAGAUGAAUGUGCUGAAGCGCCCGAUGAAUUUAGGGAUCCUUUAAUGGAUACUUUAAUGACUGAUCCAGUUAUUCUACCCUCUGGUACUAUUAUGGAUCGUUCCAUUAUAACACGACAUUUGCUUAAUAGCAGUACUGAUCCAUUUAAUCGGCAACUACUUACUGAAGAUAUGCUCGUGCCAAACGUUGAAUUGAAGCAGCGUAUAGAGGAAUGGCGCAAAGAGCAGCGCACCAAGAGGCAACAGGAUCAAAACUUACAGCUUAAUAAUAAGACCAGUUAAAAAAACGCAAAUUUAUUUCAAAUUAUAUUAUAUUAUUAAUUUAA